AAAAACCAAAUUCACAUACGGAGAGUAUUGAAGGGAAAAUGAAGAAGACUGGAAGCAGAGGAAGGCUAUCAAUGGAAGAGAAUAUUGAAGAAGAAGAAGAAAGUUCAAGAUUUGACAUAGCCACAAUUCAAGCUAAAGAAGAAGAGAUUGAGAGGAAGAAGAUGGAGGUUAGAGAGAAAGUUCAACUUCAAUUAGGCCGUGCAGAAGAAGAAGCUAAACGCUUAACUCAAAUUUGGGAAGAGCUUGAAGUGCUGGUUGAUCCCAUGAGAAAAGAAGUUGGAUUUAUACGCAAGAGGAUAGACAUGGCUAAUAAAGAACUGAAGCCACUGGGACAGAGCUGCCAAAAGAAGGAGAAAGAAUAUAAAGAAGCACUAGAAGCUUUUAAUGAAAAGAACAAAGAGAAAGCUCAACUAGUUACCACAUUAAUGGAGCUGCUGACUGAGAGUGAAAGAUUAAGGAUGAAGAAACUGGAAGAACUGAGCAAGAAUGUAGAAUCCAAACCUUGACAUGUCUAUUUCAUCACACCAAUCAUUUUUCUAAUGUGUGGUUUUCCUUGAAUAAAGAUGUGUUUGGAAGUAGCCAAAAGUAUAUGGUCAGACUAAAAUUUAUCAUGAUUUAUUUUUACAAUUAGAAAAUAGAAUUUUGUUUUGCAUAAUAACAGAAAACAUUUGCACUCCAUGCAAUGCAUAGCCUCAUGUACCAUUUCAAUUAAUUGAUUCUAUUUUAAUGUAUUACAAGUCAAUUA